UCAUCAUCCCUUCUUCCUCUUUUUCAAAUUUCUGAAAAUGAUCAUAAUGAAGGAAGAUGUACAGAAAAUGGUUAUGAUUUCCAAUCAGAAGCUCUGGUUCGCCACCACUAUGGUGAUGCUUAUAUUCCUACAAUAUGGGGCAGCUGUCGGGUCACAGCGGGUUCCAGCUAUGUUUGUGUUCGGAGAUUCCUUGGUUGAUGUUGGUAACAGCAACUUCCUCAACUCCUUAGCGAAAUCGAAUUACUUACCUUAUGGCUGCGAUUUCAGAACUGGCGCGCCUUCUGGGAGAUUCUCCAAUGGCGAAACCUUUGCUGAUAUGAUUGGGAGGCUGCUGGGUAUCCCAUAUCUUCCAGCCUUUGCAGAUCCAAACACAGUUGGAACCAGAAUACUUCAUGGAGUGAAUUAUGCUUCUGCAGCUGCUGGUAUCCUUGAUGAGACCGGCCAACACUAUGGUGAGAGGUACAGCCUGAGCCAGCAAGUGCAGAAUUUUCAGGCCACUUUGAAUCAAUUAAGAACAUUAAUGAAUGGGACGACCCUGAGCCAAUACCUGGCCAAAUCCAUAGCCAUUUUGGUGUUUGGAAGCAAUGAUUACAUCAACAACUACCUCAUGCCUUCCAUCUAUCCUUCUAGCUACAUUUAUAACCCUCCAGAUUUUGCCAACCUUCUCCUCAACCGCUACACCCGCCAAAUUUUGGCGCUGCAUAGUGUAGGAUUAAGAAAGUUGGUGCUGGCAGGAGUUGGACCGCUCGGUUGCAUCCCUAACCAGAGAGCCACCGGUCGAGCCCAGCCGGGAAGGUGCGUGGACUAUGUGAAUCAGAUUCUUGGCACCUUCAAUGUGGGGCUCAAAUCGCUCGUCGACCAGCUCAACACCAACCACUCCGGUGCAAUUUUUGUGUAUGGCAAUACUUAUGGUUGUUUUGGUGACAUCCUGAACAGCCCCGCCAGCUAUGGUUUCACUGUUGUUGAUAGGGCUUGCUGUGGAAUUGGGCAGAACCAGGGGCAAAUAACGUGCAUGCCAUUACAAGUUCCAUGCCAAAACAGGAGCCACUAUGUGUUCUGGGAUGCCUUCCAUCCCACAGAAGUUGCGAGUGCUAUCCUUGCUUGGCGAGUUUUCUCGGGUCCACCCUUAGAUAGUUACCCAAUCAACGUGCAACAAAUGUCUCUACUCUGAGAUUUUCUUUUUUCUUUUUCGCUUUUUUGGCGUGAUUUUUUUUUUUUUUUUUUUUUGCAUGCAAUAAGUUGGCAACUGGCAGCUUUGUGUGUAAGUAAAAGUAUAGUGUUUGCCUACUCUUCUAGAAAUUUUCUAAAUGUUUUUAUCUCGUGAUGAUAUAUCACUUUCAAUUCAAUGUACUGUUGA